UAAACUCCUGGCCCCUGGAAACAAGCCACAGAAGACGGCGGCCUCAGACUCCUUGGGUAUUUGGACCACUGCACCGAAGAUACCAUCUCUCCGGAUUGAUUACCUUUCCCUGAGCUCCAGACACCAUGAACCUUCCUUCUACAAAGGUUCCCUGGGCCGCCGUGACGCUGCUGCUGCUGCUAUUGCUGCCGCCGGCGCUGCUGUCGCUUGGGGUGGACGCGCAUCCUCUGCCCGACUGCUGUCGCCAGAAGACGUGUUCCUGCCGUCUCUACGAACUGUUGCACGGAGCUGGCAACCACGCCGCGGGCAUCCUCACUCUGGGAAAGCGGCGACCUGGACCCCCAGGCCUCCAAGGACGGCUGCAGCGCCUCCUUCAGGCCAACGGUAACCACGCAGCUGGCAUCCUGACCAUGGGCCGCCGCGCAGGCGCAGAGCUAGAGCCAUAUCCCUGCCCUGGUCGCCGCUGUCCGACUGCAACGGCCACCGCUUUAGCGCCCCGGGGCGGAUCCAGAGUCUGAACCCGUCUUCUAUCCCUGUCCUAGUCCUAACUUCCCCCUCUCCUCGCCAGUCUCUAGGCAAUAAAGACGUUUCUUUGUUGGCGUGACUAA